GACAGUUUGAACCAUAUGAUUUUGGCGAUGUUUCUACAGUAAACGGUUUUGUUGUAAACAGUUUAACUAUUGCAUAAAGUUCAAUACACAAAAUAAGUAAAUUAUUUGUGCUGGGUUCAGUUCAGAGAUACCUUGCCAUACAAAUCAACCAAAGCAACUAGUACAAUGGUUGUAGGUGCAUUUCCAGCCGCCAAGCUUGGCGUGCUAGCGAUGAAGCAGAUUUCUAAGCCGAUCGCCACUUUGCUAAAGGAACGGGCCAAAAACAGUCCUUUCUUUCGUAAAUAUGUGUGUAUGCCACCGGCUCAGUUCUACAAUUGGAUGGAGGUUAAAACUAAAAUGUGGGCGAUGAACCUAGGAAAACCCACCAACGUGCCAGUAUUGAACGAGGCGAUGGCAAUUGAGUUAGGUGCAAAUUUGUUAGGAGAAAUAGUUAUUUUUACCAUCGGUGCUGGAUUACUCUUGAUGGAGUAUCAAAGACAAGUGAGAAAAGAAUCUAACAAAGAGGAAAUGGCACUUCAAGAAAAACUAGAACUGCAAGCAACAAUAAAUGAACUGAUUUUUCAGGUUCAGCGUCAAGACACUCAGAUAAGAGAGAUGGCUCGGGUUGUCGCUGAUUUAGAAUCUAAGUCCUCGUGGAAACCCAAAAUUCUUGCCGAUUUGACGAGCAAACGCAGCAGUACAGAACAACCGUUAUACAUCCCACAAGCUGUUUCAGAACCUGGCCAGUCAGCUGUCAGCGGUAAUGAACCUGGCCUUAUAACGAAAGCGUUGAAUGUAAUUGAAAAUGAAGUUUUUUAUAGCGCCAGCGAAUCGAAAUACGACGAAACAGAUGAGCACGAACGAUCCGGCAUCGUCACGAAAGCUCUAGUUUAUCUAUUUAAUGAUUCUACACACCUACAGUGAAUAGAUGAAGCUGUGUGCAGGCAGCAUUAAGGCUCAUUUGGUUUUUUGUACAUAGACAUCCGACGUUAUUGAAACAGUUCAAUAAACAGACUAACGGGCAGUUUCAACAUAUUUACAGCUUUAGUAUAUCUGUUUAUAACAUAGUAUAGCUUAAAAAAUUUGUUAGUAAAAUGAAUAGCUUGUUUUGUGAAGAGUA